AUCGACUUGACAUUUUCAUUUUGUUCAUUCUUCUCUCUAAAAACAUCGCAUUGGAAAUCAAACCGAAAAGUUGUCAAAAUAUUUGCACAAACGAGUUUCAAACUUUUCAAAUGAUUCAAUCACUAUGGACAUUGCGUUGAAGGUGGUGGUACGGAUUGUACCACCGGAAAAACAAGUUACUGCGUUCGCGGAGCAGCAACAGUUGUACUCGGUACAACCAACAACAAUAUCCUCCGAAAACCAAAUAAUAUACGAGGAGGAACACCAGAGGCAGCUCAAAGAUAGUACUAAUAAAUCGUCGUCGGUGCUGGUUUCGUCUCGUGGUAGUGAAAGAUCGUUCUGCUUUUCGCAUGUCUAUCGUCGAGAUGAAGAUCUGCGAAGCAUUUAUGCGGAGUCAAUUGCGGGUAUCACGGAAACUGUGCUGGAAGGGUACGAUUUCUCCGUAGUUUCGUAUGGAGCUAAGAAUAGUGGAAAAAGCUACACACUAUACGGGAAUACGGCUAACGAAGGAGUUGUACUAUGCUUCGUUCAGGAUCUAUUUUGCCAACUGAACAGGCACCCCGAUCGAAUGUAUUCGAUUGGUGUGGCCUGGACGGAGAUCACCAGCGAUGGGGACGUAGUGGAUGUGCUAGGAGCGGCUUUGAUGCAGUGUUUCACAAUCGAAGAGAUUUACAAUUUACUCAGUCUUGGGUUGCACAAUAAGAACCGGGAGAAUCACAAUAUUUUAAGUUUAAUACUAGAACAGCAGUGGACCUCUCUGAACGGGAUGAAUCAACACCGACAAUCGACCAUUAGUUUUUGUGAUCUAACCGGGACCGAACGAGAGAUGGUGGACGGAAAAAAUGUGCUCAAGGAUUCUGGCUUGAGGAAGCUGGAAGAUAUCGUUUACAAGCGUAGUGAUGAUUACAAUGAGUCCAUUCUGACGGCUUUUCUGAAAGACUCGUUUGGAGGACGAGCUCAAACUUUGAUACUGUUGUGCAUAAAAGAUUCCGAAUUAGAACAUAGUACUGAAAUUUUAGAAUUCGGAGAAAAGGCUCAGGAGAUUGUGAAUCAUGUUGUUAUGAACACGUUUUCCGACAAUAAUGUCCCGUUCGUCGCUCUGAAUGAAGAUAUUCACUCGGCCAUACCGCAGACUAAUUAUGAUGGGUUGUAUUUUGCUUCUCAGCAGUGGGCCAAAUUGCUGAAAAAUGCCGAAAGCCUUUUUAAUAAGCUGUUCGGUGCCUGUGAAUUAUCACCACAGGAGCGUAGUCAAAUUGAGGAAUGGCUUUAUUUGAAAGCGGAAUGUGAUGAAUGUUUCAGUUCGACUGACAUGAGUAUUACGACCGGAAACCCGCCGACUAGGGUUUGUCUUGGGCCAAUCGAAGAAAUCGACGAGGUGGAUGACACUUUACAGAACAGUGACAAAGUUAACAUUAGCGGACAAUGUAAUUCAGAUAACGAGAGCGACUCGGAUGUGUGUACUCACCUGACGGAUGUGACCGAUCGCAUUCAGGGUUACAUGAAAACUUUUCAACUCAAAACUAACAAUUUAAUCAACGAAAAGUACAAGGAGUUUUUUCAAGCUCAUCCAAAAAUGGUAGACGAUAUGAACGAGGAAAUUCGUCAACAGGAGAAAAACAAACAGUCGGCUGGAAGUGUAGCGGCUCACCACAAUCCGGGACGAAGAAAAUCCAUUUAUGACGUCGAUCCUAUCAGCAGCAACGAGCUAUCGUUGAUGUCUCAACUGCGAAGCAACUCUACCACGUCCCUGGCGCCGGUUCCGGUGAUCAACAGCAAACGGCUGGACACCUUAAAUAAUAAUCUACGCAUCACGAUGGUUAGCAUCGAAUCGCUGCGGGUUCAGAUUGAAGAAAUUCGACGCACAAUCGCUCUGAAGCAAAAGUACAUUUCCGAUCUGAUUGAAAACAGUGAAACACGUUCUGUGGCCAAAUCGCGCUUCAACAAAAAGAAACGCAACUUGGAAGACGAGUAUGAAAAGGCCAAAAAACAGUUGGCCAAAGCCGUAGUCAAUGGAGUAGACAAAAAAGAGAUCAAUCAUCUGAAAAGUAAAACUUCGCAGCUAGAGCAACGGAUGAAAGACCUCGAGUCAAUCCGGUACAUCGCUGGUGAAUCGGGCCAGAAGAAGAAAAAGUUACAACAAUCCAUCAAGGACUCACAGAAGCAGGUGGAAAUUUUGCAAAAGAUGCUCAAGAAAGAAUUAGAUAAAAAAGAAGCCAUCGAAAAGGAAGCCGAGAUUGUCAAACGAGAGAAAUCAUCCAAAACCAGUGCCAUUCAGGAGAUUAGCGAGAGCAAGAGCAAGAUUAAGAAAAUGAACGAUAGAAUUUCCCAGAUUGAGCAUGUUCUGAAGGAGAAAUCGAGCAACUUGAAGAAGUACGUGAACAAAAAAGACACAGAGAAGGAUUCACUACGGCAGGAGAUAAAAAAUUUGCGAAUUACCAGAGAUCUCCAGCUGGAACAACGGUGCAAUUUGGAAAAGAAAAUCCGCGAAGAGGAAAUGCCAUCGUUUGACGAGGAGCGCAAGUUGGUGGAAUGUGAGGAGGCAAUCGAAGCAAUUGAUGCUACGAUCGAGCUUAAAAACGAACAGAUUUGUGGUCGGAAAAGCAUCGAUACCGAUGAAAGUUUGCAACGGGAACGCGGAGAACAAAUGCUGAUGGCACGGCUGAACAAACUGUCUUCGGAUGAGAUGAGAACGUUGCUCUAUAAAUAUUUCCAGAAAGUAGUAGAUCUCAAAGGUACUAGUCGGAAGGUGGAAAUGCAGUUCAUAGCUCUCGAGCGGGAGCGAGAUGCCUGGAAAUGGAAGGAAAAAAUUUUGACCAAUCACAUUCGUCAAGAGCGACUGGAAAAGGAACGGUCCAUUAUUGCGAUGCAGAAGCAGCAUGAAACAAAAGUGAAUCUAAUGUUGCGUCAUUUUGCAGCAGACACAUCUGCCUCCAUGACGAGUUCCGUGCCGGAAAAUGCACUGUAUCCAUAUUCUCCCAACGGAGACUUUGCCAUGAUACCGGGAUCCAGUCGGUAUCAUCAUCAUCACCAUCAUCAUCAUCUCACUCUAGAUUCGGACAGCGAAUCCAUGUCGCAUCACAACCCGCACAGCAAACACCUGACACAUUUCAAAACGGGAAACGUAGCAGCCACGGCAGCCGCAACCGUUCAGCCACUGGUGGAAAAAGACCGCAAGAACAAACUCCUCUCCAAAUUACAGGUUUUUACGCGCUAUCAUGGCGGAGCUGGUAGUAGCACCGAGAAACGUAAAAUGUUUCAAUCGGAUAUUCCUCAACAAAACCUGAAACAGUUGCAGAUCUCAGCCCGCCCCUCGCUCACCAAAGUGACGCGGGAAAAAAAUAAGAUUAUAAUUCAAAGCGAUGGUGGGAAGUGACAGGGCAUUUCAUGUUUCGGGAAGAGUACAAGAACCGGCAUCUUUGCAAUUGUAUCCAGAAUGUCAAUCUGCAAAGACUCUGAUGUAUCUCAUGAAGACAGUUUUGUUCGCCCGAGAGGCAUAAUAGUGAGUGCAACCGGGAAGCACACAUUUCAUAUACUCUGAUUUAGAUCUGUGACGUUAUACAAUCCAGCAAAAUUAGUUAUUUAAAUAUCAUGUAAACGUGAAUUGCAUUUAAUAAAUGUGUACUCAUAUUAUCUAU